GCGGGCGGGAGAGGCUUGCGCGCGCGGCAGGGAUGCAACACUGCUACAGUUCGCGGGUCUAGGGGGUCGGAGCAGCACGCCGUCAGCCGCCUGACGCCAAAGCGGGAAUCCAGGAGGCGGGCAGCUCCGAGAUUAAUGCACAUAUUUAAAACGCUCGGAACCUGUGGACACCAUGCAUAGGAAACACCUCCAGGAGAUUCCAGACCAAAGCAGCAACGUUACCACUAGUUUCACGUGGGGAUGGGAUUCCAGCAAGACUUCAGAACUUCUCUCAGGCAUGGGGGUCUCCGCGUUAGAGAAGGAGGAGGUAGACAGUGAGAACAUCCCCCAAGAACUGCUCUCAAACCUCAGCCACUCGCAGAGCCCCCCACGGAAAAGGCUCAAGAGCAAAGGGAAUGACAAAGACUUUGUGAUCGUUCGCAGACCUAAGCUGAAUAAAGACAACUCUCCAGGUGUUUCAUGGGACUCCCUUCCAGAUGAACUGCUCUUGGGAAUCUUUUCCUGUCUUUGCCUCCCUGAACUCCUGAAAGUCUCCAGUGUCUGCAAAAGAUGGUAUCAUCUAGCGUUUGAUGAGUCUCUCUGGCAGACCUUAGACCUUACAGGUAAAAACCUGCAUCCAGACGUGACUGGUCGGUUGCUCUCUCGAGGUGUGAUUGCCUUCCGCUGCCCACGAUCGUUUAUGGACCAACCAUCAAUUGAACAUUUCAGCCCUUUUCGUGUACAGCACAUGGACCUGUCAAACUCAGUGAUCGACGUUUCUGCCCUCCACGGCAUUCUGUCUCCCUGCUCCAAGCUACAGAAUCUCAGCCUGGAAGGGCUGCAGCUCUCGGACCCCAUUAUCAAUAAUCUUGCGCAGAAUGCAAAUUUAAUGCGCCUGAACCUUUCUGGGUGUUCUGGAUUUUCCGAAUCUGCCCUGAAGAUGUUACUCAGCAGCUGUUGCAGAUUGGAUGAGCUGAACCUCUCCUGGUGUUUUGACUUCACUGAAAAGCAUGUGCAAGUGGCUGUUGCACAUGUGUCAAAGACCAUCACCCAGCUCAAUCUUAGCGGUUACAGGAAGAAUCUCCAGAGAUCAGAUGUCUCUACCUUAGUUGGACGAUGCCCCAAUCUUGUCCACCUAGACUUAAGUGAUAGUGCUAUGUUAACGAAUGAUUGCUUUGAGGAACUUUACCAGCUCAGCUACCUCCAACACCUGUCUCUCAGUCGGUGCUAUGAUAUAAUACCUGAGACUUUACUUGAACUUGGAGAAAUUCCCACACUAAAAACACUACAAGUUUUUGGAAUCGUGCCAGACAACACCCUUCAAUUGUUAAAGGAAGCCCUUCCUCAUCUACAGAUUAAUUGUUCCCAUUUCACCACCAUUGCCAGGCCAACCAUAAGCAACAUAAAGAACCAGGAGAUAUGGGGCAUCAAAUGCCGACUGACACUUCAAAAAUCAAGCUGUCUAUGAAUUAUUUAUCGUCGGAUGGUAUCUCCUUUGGAACAGGGAAGUAGGCAGGAAGCCCAAAUGUGCACGUGCUAGGCUGUUUUUACUCUUGGUUUUCCCUUUGCCUUCCUUCUGCAAGUAUAUUAGAGACUCAUUUGAGAGAAAGCUGUGAAAAGUUGCUUUUCUGUAAUGAUUCUGUGAGCUGUCACUGCUAUGCCUUUAUGAGCCUAACCUGUAGGCCUUUUGAUAUUUUAGGAGAAGCCUAUCAUUUCAAGACUCCUUAAAGAGUGAAAUCUGACCCACCUCUUCCAAGUAUCCUUCUUAUUAUAUCUAUUUAGAAUCAAGCUUAUAAGUCACCAGCAAUCAUCUACAGACUAUAUGGUAACUUUCUUCUAUUUAAUUUUUCAGUAUUGCUUUUAUGACAUAUACUGGGAGAAUAAGCUAUUUGUGUUACAAGGUGACCAGAAAAAAUCAUGGGACUAUAGCAUUUUAAGCAGUCUCUUCUAGGGAUAGAAAAGAAAAAGCACACCAUUUCAACUUUGCCUAGCAAUUUGAAAUUAAGAAUCCUAGAGACAAAUAGCCCUGCCUGGGUAAUUCACCUUAAAACCUAAAUACAAAGCAUAGAAUUAGUGGGGAAUUUGAAGGCUCAAGAGGCAGUUUUAUAUGACAUAUUAAUGUGAAGUAUCCUCUAAUGCACAUAAAUAUCCUUUGAUGUACUGUUGCUGUGAUUCUGUAGUAGCUAAGGAAAUACAAGCACGGUCUUCAAACUUUAAUAUCAAUUACGUUAACACAGACUUUUUAGCUUUUAAAAUGACUUGCUUUGUUUUAGAAAGGUGGCAGGAACCAGGCCGUCUCUAUUGUUGAAAUGCUCGAUGGAAUAUUGAACUGAAGUUGCCUUUUUCCUUUACCGCUGAGUUCUUGAGUUUAUUUUUAUAUUACUCUGAAAUCAGGUAUUUGAAAUUGUCUUUGUAUAGUGUCUCUUGCAAUAAUUUGCUUUAAACUGCCCAUUAUGUAAGGUUACUGGAUCUAAAGUUCCUUAAGAAAUGCUUGUUCCUCUCAAUCAGAAUGAUGCUCCAGCCACAGAUGUAUGUUCCAUGUGAUUUCAGGGCAGUAAACAUGACUUGCACCUACAUAAAAGUUAAGACUCAGGUGUUAUCUUUGGAUAGCAUUAGUGAUAUAUAUUUUUAAAUGGUACAUGAAGCAAAAUUAAAUUCUGCUUUAAAAAAACCACAAAACACUAGUUUCAUAUUUAAAUUGAUGAGCUCCCCCUAUAUCCAAAGUGGAACAAAAAGCCAAAUCCACCACUUCUGUUAACAUUCUUUUUUUAAAGUAAGACCUAAUUUAGAAAUGAUGAAGUGCCCUUAUCUUCUGAGACCUAAGGAAAACACUGUAAAGUAGUGUUAUACAGGAAAUGUGUCAAUUCGUUCUAAAAAGUGCUAAAUACUACUUGAAAUUAUUGUUUACAGAUUAGUGACAGGGGCUGGCGAUAGGAUCAGUUGGACUCUGACUUCUGGAUACCCUCAGAUAUACAGUACUUUCGAAUUCAAGUUCAACCAUAAGCUAUCUUGCUAAUAUGUCAAAGUAAUCUGUAUUUUUAUAUGUGAUUUCUUUUAUAGACUUUUAUAGACUUGUUUUAA